CAGUAAAACAAAAGGGUCCAGAUAUAAAGUGCUUAUGUCUCAUACAAACCUAGGGUUUUAUGCUUUCAUUUGCUUAGUCGCAGCAGCUGCUACAAAUAUAUACAUCAGCGACUCCUCUGUUAAUUCAGCCAAUCUCUCAGCAUCAUGAUUAUCUCUGAGAAGAAUAGGAGAGAGAUCUCCAAGUACCUGUUCCAAGAGGGUGUUUGCUAUGCAAAGAAGGAUUACAAUCUUGCGAAACACCCUGAUAUCGAUGUACCGAACCUACAGGUGAUUAAGCUGAUGCAGAGCUUUAAGUCCAAGGAGUAUGUUCGCGAAACGUUCGCGUGGAUGCAUUACUAUUGGUACCUUACUAAUGAUGGGAUUGAGUUUCUAAGGACUUACCUCAAUCUCCCAUCCGACAUUGUGCCUUCGACUCUAAAGAAGGCUGCCAGGCCUAUCGGACGUCCCAUGGGUGGCCCUCCUGGCGAUCGCCCACGUGGCCCGUCGAGGUUUGAUGGGGACAGACCUAGGUUUGGUGACAGGGAUGGGUAUAGAGGUGGACCGAGAGGUCCUGCUGGAGAAUUUGGUGGUGAGAAAGGAGGAGCUCCAGCUGAUUACCAGCCUGCAUUUAGGGGUGCUGGCAGAGGAGGUGGAUUUGGGCGUGGCUCUGGAGGUUUUGGUGGAGCGCCACCCAGUUAAAGUUUUUCUUAGAAGUCUAGUCCCCAACAUUUGUAGGUUCUGCAAGUUUGGGGAUGUGAUGAACAUUUAGAACAAGUUGUUGGUUCUUGUCUAAUGGCUUUUGUAUUGUUUAAAGAACUUCUAAAGAAAAGUUUUUGUUC